UAUUUGACGAGAGAAGCAAAAAAGCCCGAGUCAUGCGGAAAAGCAUAUAAACAAAAAAUCACCUCUCUCUUCUAAAAAUAGAAAUUCCCCAAAUUCAGCCAAACCCUAACCCUAAGAACCAAUCUUUCUUCUAAACGAAUCUUCUCUCAUAAAUUCUCUCAUUCCUCUCCAUCCUUUUCCCUUUCUGGAGAUCUGACCUCUUCUGCUAAAAGUUAUCAAUUCAUUUCGGUAGAUCGGUUUUUUCUUCUUUAGUUUCUUGAAUUCCUAUUGUUAAUGGUGGAAAUUUUCAAGAACUUGUUAAUGAGCACCCCUUUAUCUUCUAUAAGGGGAAUCUCCGUAUCUUCUUUCUUUUCCUUCGGUUCUUGCAGAGAAGGUUGGUAUUAUCGUAGCGUCGGCCUCGACCCUUGAUCAUCUUGGCCCGAAUCUUAUAGGCCUACGUCCAGGACAGUGACUAUUUUCCAAAGGCAAUUCAGUCGGCGCUAUUUCUACUAGAAACUGUCUCUCGGUUCGUAGGCCAGUAAACACAUUUAUUUAUAAAUCCAAAAAAUAUUCUCUCUAAAUUUAGUUGGAAAGAUCUUUUUUUGUUUUUGUUUAUUGGAUCACAUUUGAGAUCAAUUGAUAAGAUGUUGCUUUAUAAGACAAAGAAGAUUCAACAGGGGAAAGGAAACCGGUUGUUGAUCAGCAUAACGGUUCUUGGGAGUGCGGGGCCGAUUCGUUUUGUUGUGAAAGAAGAGGAUCUUGUGGCUGAUGUUAUUAAUACUGCAUUGAAAAAUUAUGCUCGGGAGGGAAGGCUUCCUGUUCUUGGGUCAGAUUUGAACAAUUUUGUGCUAUAUUGCCCGGCUGUCACAACAGAAGUCCUGAGUCCAUGGGAGACAAUUGGAUCCGUUGGGGUUCGUAACUUUGUGCUAUUCAAGAAGCCGCAGGCUGAGAAUGCAAUUCUUGAUGGGAAACAAGCAGCAAUGGAUCGGAAGAGAGCUGCAAGUUGGAAGGCAUGGUUCAACAAGUCACUCACUCGCAAGAUAGUUUCUUACUGAACACACAAAGUAGUCUAUGUUCUUGUUGGUAUUUUGUUCGAUUCCUUUUUUUUAAUGUCGCUAUAUUUUCGUACUGUGAACUUACAGUUCCCUGUGACCUAACAAUGUGAAAUCUUGUUGGUGUUUUCCUAAUGACAAAUUAAGCCUUUAUCAGCUACUGAGAUCGUAUUAUGUUGAUUUAGUCGUUUGAACUAAGCAAAUCAUGACAGAGUUCCAACUGA